GUCGCUGAUGCCGGACGUGAUGAAAACAACGCGCUAUCUGUCUGGCAAACUAGCUACUAAACUUGCAUUUUCUACAAAAUGUCUAAAAUAAAGUUAUUGAGGGUUUUCCUCAACGAGAGAUUAACAGCUGCUGCUGAGGAGAUAUUCGGGGUCGUUGAAAAAACUAUUGCAGGGUAUGAGGAGGAAGUGAUCCGUCUACAGAGUCUGCUCGACAUUGACAUUGUUCUUCAACCUGAGAUGAACCUACACAGAGCAGAUGUCCAGGAGCUCAAUCUCUCUGUCUCUGAAGAGGAGGUUCCCCCUGAGCAGCAGCAGUGUGAGCAGGAGUGGAGCCCCAGUGUGGGACAGGAGGACCCAGAGCCCACACAGAUUAAAGAAGAGCAGGAGGAACUCUGGACCAGUCAGGAGGAAGAGCAGCUUCAAGGGCUUGAGGCAGAGACCAUAAAAUUCAUAUUCCAUCCUGUCUGUGUGAAAAGUGACCGUGAUGAAGACCCAACUCAGUCCUCACAUCUCUAUCAAGCCCAAAAGGAGGGAAAUGGAGAGAGAGACACACUACCCAGUACUACAACUGAAAAUAUCAAAACAGAACCUGAUGGAGAGGACUAUAGGGAAUCAGAACCAACCAGUGUCUCUCAGCCUUUCUUUGGUAUAAAUCCAGACUGUUCUGCAGUUCAGAGUGAAAACAGUCAAAGUGUCAGUGGUAUGGAGACUGGAGGACCUCCGUCAGGUUUUAAGUCAGUCAAAUCAAAGAGAACAAAGAUGAUAAAAGGACAAAUGUCCCAUAUCAAUAGUAAGGGUUGGAAAUUUACACAGUUGUCCCUCCUGAAAUCACCCAGUCAAAGUAAUUCUACUCCCUGUUGUUGUAAGUUGUGUGGCAAGUCUUUUCAUCAAAUGGGUUCAUUAAUUAAACACGUGCAAAUUCAUAAAGAUAAAGGUAUUUGUGGUGUUUGUGGAAAAUGUUUUCAGUCCACAGAAAGUAUGGAAGAUCACUUCCAAACUCACAUUACAGCAAGUUUUUGUUGUGAUGUUUGUAGUAAAGGGUUCAGCAAGAACAGUAAGCUGAUAGUGCACAUGAGAAGCCACACAGGGGAGACUCCAUUUCGUUGUUGUCAUUGUGGCAAAGGAUUCAAACAGAAUGGAAGUCUAAAAAUACACAUGAGAAUUCACACAGGGGAGAAACCUUUUUCAUGCCCUAUUUGUGGCACAUGUUUCAGUCAGAAUGGAGAUCUAAAAAUACACAUGAGGAUUCACACAGGGGAGAAACCUUAUAGCUGUUGUCAUUGUGGCCAAGGAUUCAACCAGAAGGGAAAUCUAAAAACACACAUGAGGACCCACACAAGAGAGAAACCUUAUCGCUGUCAUGAUUGUGACCAAGGAUUCAGCACUGGCAGCGCUCUGAAAAGACACAUUAUGAUUCACACAGGGGAGAAGCCUUUUUGCUGUCCUGAUUGUGGAAAAACAUUUAAUCGGAGUGGACAUGUAAAAUUACACAUGAGGACCCACACAGGGAAUAAAUAAUAUCAUUGCCAUUUGUGGCAAAGGAUUCAGCACUAGUGACCUUCUGAGAUGAAACAUGAGGAUUCAUACUGGAGAGAAACAGUAUCCAUAGUGACUGGUAAAGGAUUCUGCACUGGCACCAAUCUGAAAGUGCCCUUAAGGACUCAUAGCGAGAAUAGAUACCCUCAAUUUAGAAAAUGAUUUCCCCAAUCCAGUAUGUUAAAUCAGACACAGUGAGAAAACACUGUCUUUCAUUUAAAAUUGAUAGAACAGUCAUGAGAGGGAGAACUUAAUGGUGUGCUGUUUGGGGAAAGAAGAUUGAGAAUCACAUUGUAACUUCCACUUGUGAGAGGAGAUGCCCCUCAGAACACUACUCGUGGGUGAAUAAGAUAUGAUGGAAUUACUGCUUGAACGUAAGAACUCCAUCACUAACAGAGAGCAGUUGUUAGUUAUAGGAUGACAAGACAUUUGGGAAACUGUCCUCCCUUUGUACUUAAAACAUUUUUGUUUUUUAAAUCUUCUACAUUAUGUACACUGAGUGUACAAAACAUUAGGAACACCUGCUCUUUCCAUUAAAUAGACUGACCAAGUAAAACCAAGGUGAACGCUAUGAUGCCUUAUUGAUGUAACUUGUUAAAUCCACUUCAGUGUAGAUGAAGGGGAGGAGACGGGUUAAAGAAGGGGUCUGCAACUAACUUUCAGGUGUUCCUAAUGUUUUGUAUACUCUAUGCUUUGAUGUUAAAGUACUUUUCACCAUCAGUUACUUUGGUUUUGUGUCCUUCAGUGUCCACGGGAGCUGAAAGAAUCCUGUACACAUGCCAUUUUAUUGUUACUAGUUUUAUGAGCCUGUUGCCAAUAUCCACUGAGGGGGAAAUUUCACCAGCAUUAAGAAAACUGGUGAAAAACUCAAGUGGACCCAUUCAUAUAAAUUGGCCUUGUGAAACAUGUUUUUCUUCAUCCAGAGAUUAUAUGUUUUUUUCCACAACAGAAUAAAUGUUGAUAACCAUG